UCUGGUCGGACAGUUUUCAGGGCUGGACGGAUUCCGUUGACAUUGCUGUUACCAAACCAGGUUUCAGUGGAGGAACCUCCGUGAGUCUGCAGCCCGCUCCCCGGCUCAAACAGCGUGUCUCCGUGCAGUCAUGUACCGGCGGCCGCUGCAGUUCGCCGCCAGAAGCUUCGCUCGUGUGUCCGCCUGCAGGGCCGCGUCCGCGGGGAAGGUGUUUGAUAAGGAAGCCUGUUUCAGAGCUCUGGCAGCCUGUCAGCAGGCUGGUGUCUCCUCUCCGUUUGUAACGCCGUGCCGGACGCUACAUGUCACCACGCAGCUCUGUAACGUGAAGGAGACACGCCAGCACACAGAGGAGGAGGUCGGCGCCUUCACAAAGCUCAUCGAGGCGAUGGGUUUCACAGGACCGCUCAAAUACAACAAAUGGAAAAUCAAGAUUGCUGCUUUGCGGAUGUACACUUGCUGCGUGGAGAGAAUCAACUACGAUGAGUUCUUUGAAAAGUGCACCCUCCCCGACACGCUCAACUCUUGGUUCCUGGUGGCACAACUGCACGUAUGGAUGUGUUUGGUGCGAAUGCGUCAGGAGGGCAGAGAGGGGAAGUACAUGUGCCGUUACAUUGUGCACUCCAUGUGGGAGGAUGUGGAACAGAGGAGCAAAAUCAUGGGGAUCGAUGCCAUCCACAGAAAGGAAGCGAUGAAAGCAAUGACCGAAACCUUCUAUGCAGCGAUAUUUGGAUACGACGAGGGAGUCUUGUCUGAUGACUGUGUGUUGGCUGCGGCUCUGUGGAGAAACCUGUUCAAUCGUCAGUGCGAAGACCCCAGACAGCUUGAGCUCAUGGUGGAGUAUGUACGCAAACAGAUGCAGUACAUCGACGCUCUGGACGGAGACGACCUGUUGCUUACAGGAGAGGUGAAGUGGCGCCCUCUGGUGGAGGAGAACGCACAGAGCAUCCUGAAGGUGGUCAAACCCACGUACAACGACACAGGACUGUGACCGACAGACUUCUUGCACUUCGUUUUCCCUUCACCCUGUCCUCAGUUAUGUUUGCUCCUUCUUUCUCUUUAACCACAUAACAGUCUGUCCCUUGUGUUAUGAGAUUUUUAAUUUGACAUGAGGUCUGUUGUUGUAGCUUUUGUUUUUUUUUGUUUGUUUUUCCUUUUGUGUUCCCAAAGCACUUAUUCUCACAAUGAUGUGUCCACCAGAAGUCUGAGUCUGGAGGGUCAUUGUAUAUAUGUAGAACAGACGGUCAGGGAUGAUCAUUUUGGGCCAUGGUGACCCGGCUCGUACACCCGUCAUCCAUCAAACCAACCAAUCUAAACAGGAAAUGCCUCAUCAUCCAUCUUUGUCUUGUUGGGUUUGAGAGUGUCUGCUGCUUCCUCCCUGUGAAACACGCACACGACACUCUGUAUUUAUAUUUUCUCAGUUUUAUAUUGGACUGUCGCGCUGUAUUUAUAAAGUAUUUUGUAUACCUUCCACUUUGCUCUCCUCCUGCAGAGGUGUCGGCUGACACGUCUGUUACUGCUCCUUCACAGUGUUUAAAGUUUUGCUCUGAGUAGGCGAGGCUAAAAUGAUCCUUGUAGGAUGCCAGCCGGUGUUUCUGUGGUUCUCUGUGAUGCUCUCAGACCCCAACAGGAAGCUGAACCCUCAGUGUUGGACGUCAUUUCUGUUUUUAAAAACUGAAUAAAUAAAGUUUUCUCUGCUGCUCCUGA